GGUCACGUGGUAGAAACCGGAGGAACGACAGCGUGCAACUGUGAAUGACUUUAUCUUUUGUCCUCCUCCUAACUUACCUGCCCGGUAAAUCAACACCUGCAGUCCGAAGGAGGACGAUGUCCAACCCGCUCUCCAUAAAACUCAGGGAAGAAGAGGAAGAACAAAUAAGGAAACGUGGAGUCAGCGAGGAAAGAAAAGUUGAAUGGAUAUACUGGAAUGUCGCUCAGAAAUUGUGUUUUAUUACAAUGAGGACAUUUUGAAACGAGUUUGAGGACUUACGAAGAAGAUGUUCUCCUUUCUGCGGUCAGCCAGAGAACCCACACCUGAGAACAUCCACAUCUCUUCUCUGCCUCCCAGUAUUCCAGCGUACGAGCAGCCGGAGCAGACAACCGAACAAGCUCAUGACGUGGUGUCAGAGGAAGCAGUGAUCCAGACCACAUACACACACAGAGGCUCAGCUCCCUCCGUCUUCUUCCAAAAACAGGACAAUGACCCGAUUUCUAGUACUUACUUUGACCAGGGGGUCCAUGUUCCCGAGGAGGGGAAUGAGAAGUGCUUUAGUCUCCGUAAGCUGUGGGCCUUCACUGGGCCGGGGUUUCUGAUGAGCAUCGCCUACCUGGACCCAGGUAACAUUGAGUCUGACCUGCAGUCUGGAGCUAAAGCUGGAUUCAAGCUGCUCUGGGUGCUGCUGGGCGCCACCAUCAUCGGCCUGCUGCUGCAGAGGCUGGCGGCUCGACUGGGUGUGGUGACGGGAAUGCACCUGGCCGAAGUCUGCAACCGCCAGUACCACACUGUGCCUCGUAUCAUCCUGUGGUUGAUGGUGGAGCUUGCGAUUAUUGGCUCAGACAUGCAGGAGGUCAUCGGCUGUGCCAUUGCGUUCAACCUUCUCUCCAGCGGCAGGAUCCCCUUGUGGGGUGGAGUCCUCAUCACCAUCAUCGACACCUUUGUCUUCCUCUUCCUCGACAAGUACGGUCUGCGGAAACUGGAAGCCUUUUUUGGUGUGUUGAUCACUGUCAUGGCCAUCACAUUUGGAUAUGAGUAUGUGACAGUGAGUCCAGACCAAGCGCAGCUGCUGACAGGGAUGUUUGUGCCGUACUGCCAGGGCUGCGGGCCUGUUCAGCUGGCUCAGGCCGUCGGCAUCGUGGGAGCCGUCAUCAUGCCUCACAACAUCUACCUCCAUUCUGCUCUGGUCAAGUCUCGAGAAGUGAAUCGCUCGGACGAGAAGGAAGUCAGAGAGGCCAACAAGUAUUUCUUCAUUGAAUCGACCGUCGCGCUCUUUGUCUCUUUCCUCAUUAACGUCUUUGUGGUGGCCGUUUUCGCAGAGGCUUUCUACCAGCGCACAAACAUAGAGGUGUAUAACGUCUGUAAUCAGUCAGGAAGUCCUCACUCACAUCUGUUCCCUCUGAACAAUCAAACACUGGAGGUGGACAUUUACAAAGGGGGAGUGGUGCUCGGAUGUUUCUUUGGCCCGGCAGCGCUCUACAUCUGGGCUGUGGGGAUUCUCGCAGCUGGUCAGAGCUCCACCAUGACUGGAACGUACUCUGGUCAGUUUGUCAUGGAGGGUUUUUUGAACCUGCGCUGGUCACGUUUCGCUCGGGUGCUGUUGACACGCUCCCUCGCCAUCACCCCGACUCUGCUGGUGGCCAUUUUCCAGGACGUGCAUCGUCUCACGGGCAUGAACGACUUCCUCAACGUGCUGCAGAGCAUGCAGCUGCCAUUUGCCCUCAUUCCCAUCCUCACUUUCACCAGUUUACCUUCUCUCAUGAAAGGCUUUGCCAAUGGACUGGUGGUUAAGGUCGGGGGGGGACUGGUCAUUUUGGUCGUUUGUGCCAUCAACAUGUACUUUGUUGUGGUCUAUGUGACCGCUCUCAACAGCGCGUGGCUCUAUGUCCUGGCAACGUUUCUCUCCCUAGCAUACCUGACAUUCGUGGGAUAUUUGGUAUGGUUGUGCCUGAUUGCUCUGGGCGUUUCCUGUCUCGAUCCAAGCACAAGGAGAGGGAACGACACGACUAUUCUGAUCGAGCAGCAGCCAGAGUUUGACUCCUGAAUGACAUGCGUUCACAUGGACAUUUAUUACAAAGGUGCAGCUGUGAGUGACCUGUGUAGUGAUGUGCUGAUUUAUGUAAACAGGACCUUUUUAUAACUCUCAAAUGACAUUUUUUAUUUUAUAUGAAUGUGAAAUAUACUUGUGAAGUGCAAAGGUUUCAGGCCCUGUUUUUAAAAAAAUCCAUCAAUACUUUCAGAGUUACUUUCAUACAAAAAACUAACUGUAAAUGAAGAAAAUCGUAAAUUAAAUUAAAAUCGACUACAGUAACAACAA